CCAACUUCCAACCAAUCCAUAAGACCAAAGCCAUCCAUUCGUCGCCGACAAACAAACGCCGACUUUUAUCAUUAACAGCUAUCCUGGCACAAAGCGUUCGAGUACUGCCGUGGUCAGGGCAUGUUCCUGGUGUCGAUACAGAACCGGGAAGAGUUUGAAGUGGUGAAAGAUACGAUCAAUAUGAGUGGGUUUUGGAAAAAGAAUCACUAUCUGCACAUGUGGACAUCAUUGAACGACAUCGGUGAAGAGGGCAAAUAUUAUUGGGCCUCCACAGGGACGCGCAAUCAGCUCGAUUUGUGGAGGAACACCGAUCCAAACAAUAGCCAACAUGACAGCUGCACCGAUGAGGAUUGUGUUGCGUUGGUCCAUUUUCGGGAUCUAAGCUUUACGUACGGAUUGGACGAUCGGGCAUGAUCGAGCGAAUUCAUGUUUAUGUGCGAAACGUGAGCUUAAAAGUGUUACAAUUCAUUGUAAUGUUAUGAGACGGUUUAAUGUUCUAUCUGUGUGUGAAUUCAACGUACGUGUUGGUAGAUUAAACUAAAAAUAAAUUAAAAAAACAUUCCAUUCAAGUUUAGAAGAUGCUCUAGUCGAUCAUCAACCCAUUCGCAUCCGAUUAUAGAAGGUCAACAGUUCUGCAAUCACUUCACAUUGACGACGAACGCUCUGCCUGUUGGUGUGUUUGCGUGUGU